AUGCAUGGCACUCGUAUCCGGACUGAUGGCUCAACCUUUUGGGAAGAAAAGAAGGCUGCGGGUGGAUUGUCACCUUUCUUCCGCAACCGACGGGACAGCACCAUGGGCACGACGUCGUCGACAGCCAAGAAGCGCGGGACGAAGGGCCAACCUCCGAUGGCCGCUUCCACUGCGCCACCUUCGCAGCUGCAGUCGCCUGCGGCCAAGCCACCUGCAUCGCCUGCGGCUAAGCCGCCUACACCGCAAGCUGCUGGUCGUGGCAGCGACGCAGAUUCGGAAACGUCCACGCUGACAGACGACGAAGUCUUCUCGAGCAGCCAAUGGAAGCUCUUCAACGAUCUUGAGAAUAGAGAAGAGGCCGAUGUGGUCGAGCUGUCAUCGUUCCUGCGAGCCCUGCAUGAAUACAUGCCAGGCGUCAAUGACAGCGACGCCGACUUGGGCGCUCCUCCGGAUGAGGUGCCCAACCUUUCGUUCGGUCUCUCGACGCAGCCGGCCUCCAAGAUCGAUAUUACGGAGCUCUACGAGGGCGUGCGAUUGCAUGACCCCAUCACUCGCGAAGACGCUGUCGCGCUCGUCGAGAGCUUCAAGCGCGGCCAGAAGCUGCACAAGACGUACGUGCUGCAGAUCCUCCACACAGUGCUCGAGCGACUCCAGCGCAAGCCGAACGUGACACACCUCUCGAUUGCGCCCGCGCCCCACAUGACCAUUAUCGGCGACUUGCAUGGGCAGCUUGACGACCUCAUGUUGAUCCUGCGCGAGAAUGGAUACCCGUCGCCCGAGAACCCGUAUGUGUUCAACGGCGACAUCGUGGACCGCGGCAAUCGGUCCGUCGAGGUCUCACUCAUCAUCCUCAUUUGGAUGGUCGUCUACCCGGAUGCUGUGCACAUCAACCGCGGCAAUCACGAAGACAAGUCCAUCACGGAGGUGUUUGGCUUCAUGAAGGAAUGCGUCGCCAAGUACGACCAGGAAGUCUACUCGUUGUAUUGCGUCGUCUUCAAGUGGUUGCCGCUCGCAACUGUGCUCGACAAGCGCAUUUUGAUCUUGCAUGGCGGUAUCACUCGCGAGGGCAUCACGCUCGAUGAGAUGCAGACGCUGCCGCGCCAGUACUAUGACCUCGGCAAGUACCGCGACGUGGGUCGCACGAAGGAAGACAAGAAGAUGUUCAAGCACAUGCGCAAGGUCAAGGACAUCCUUUGGAGUGACCCCGCGACAGCACCCGGCUGGAAGGAAAAUGCCCGUGGCGCUGGCAUCAACUAUGGCCCCGACCACGUGUACAAAUUUAUGGUCAAAAACCGCCUCGAGCUCAUCAUUCGGUCGCACGAGUGCGUCCCAAAGGGGUUUGACUGGCCGUACGCCGCCAAAGGGAUGCUCGUCACGCUCUUCUCUGCGAGCAACUACUGCGGCGCUGCCAACAACAUGGGCUGCUUCAUGCGCAUUCCGCAGUCGAUGAACGCCAAGCCGUCGUUCUUCCAGUACAUGGCCACGGCGUCCGAGACGGACAUUGUCGCCUCCAACCUCGAGGGUCUUUUCGGCGUUAUCAUCACGCACCGCGACGAACUGCUCAAGCGGUUCCAGGACGCGGACCCAGCGAAGACGGCGUUGGUGCCGCUCUCGACGUGGAUGCAGGUCAUGGAGGACGAGCUGCACAUGAAGCUCAACUGGCAAGCGAUUCGACCGCUGCUCACAUCGAUGGACGCCAACUCGAUGAUCAACUACGAGCAGUUCCUCGACCGGUACCAGACGGCUGGCCAGACCAAACCCGACGAAGUCGCCUCGGACGACCGUCGUGGCAUGUUCAACAACAUGUAUCGCUACCGCAAGCGGCUCGAAGCCCUCUUCCAGGUCUUUGACAAGGACGGCAACGGCACGAUCAGCCUGGACGAGUUCAAGGCGGGCAUCGACAUCCUCAACGCGCACCUGCCGCCCAACGUCAAGCCCUUCACGAAGGCCGAAGAGCUCAUGCGGUCGGUCGACUUUAGCCACGACAACGAGAUCAACAUCAACGAGUUUAUGGAGUGCUUUCGCAUCCACGCCAACCUCACGGUCCAAGCCAAGUGGCGUCGCGCGCGCACCAAGCUCAAGGCGUUGCACGCGCUCGGCAUGCUCAAGGUCGUGGCCGAUUCGCCCAUUGUGACGGCCUCGGAGGUGCAGAUGGACGACAUCGACGUGCGCAUGUCGUACACGUCGGACGACGAAGACGCCACGACAUGAAGCACUGUUUUCUGCAUGUACAUUGGGCAACAUGUUUGGACUCAACACGCGUUUGUAUCUUGA